AUUUUUUUUACUGUGACAGGAAAGAGUUGAAAAAUCUUCAUGGUUCGUGUUGGUGGUGGUGGCGAUAUGUUCUUCUUCGUCAUCAAGUGCUCUGUGUGUCUCCUCACCACUUGUGCUCUGGUCCUCAUUAUUUCCCUGAAGACCAUCCGUCAUUACGGUGUGGCGUCGUACGAAGUGACGUCGUUGGGUCCCGCGAUCAUGAACGGCAAAGACUUCAUGUCCAGCAUCAGGGAAGGCAGCAAUUUGAACAACGGAUUGCAGGAAGCCGUGCCGAUUUCCUGUCGCUAUUCCGGCGACUGCAUUUCGACACUGACGCACUCGCUGUGUGUCAACGGCACUUGCGAGUGCAUGCAGGGCUUCACCAAAGAAGUCUACGACUCCGUCACGCAGUGUCGCUGUCCCAAGGGGUCCACUCGGUUCGGCAAUUAUUGCCUGAGGAUUGCUGAACACGACAAGCCGCCGACUUACGCAGACGCCGCCAUGGAAAGCAGGCGGAAUUCCACGGCUGUUUUCGGCGGACAUGACGACUUUAAAGAGUAUUUGUCGCCGCCGGAAUACACUUCCGGUUCCGGUUCCAGUUGUUCUUCGUCGUCUUCUUCUUCUUCCGCAUCACAAUCAGAGCCCAGCACGGAAAGGGAAAAUACGCAGGAUGAUAAUCAGAGUGAUGCCUGA